AGUCUCGGGAAACGCUGGAGAAAGGCGGGGCUUGCGUUGCCAGAGUAACCGGAUCAUUGGCUGUGUUGUGGUCUUCCUGUGUACAGUUACCUAUUUCCUGUGCUGAGAUCCACAAACUAUGUUUUCAAGCUUGCAGGCCCAUUUCGACGUGAUGCUGUAUCAUCACUAACCUGAAUAUUGGAGUGUGUUCUCCCAGGCGGCGGAGUUCUGCCUAGCAUCUCCUACCAGGACCGCUUAGUAAUAGAUGUCUGCUGGCUCAGCUUCUAGUCCAUUGCAUACUUUCCAGAUCUCUGUGUUUUAGCAGCCGGCAUUGCAUCCUCGGGCAGCAUGAAAGCUGGUCAGCAGGGAAGAAGUUGCGGUUUGAUUUCUCCGUAUCUUGCACCCAAGAAUCAGAGUGAGAGGUUUGCUUUCAUUGCAGAGUGGUAUGACCCAAAUGCUUCACUGCUCCGACGCUAUGAGCUUCUGUACUACCCGGUAGAUGGAUCUGUUGAAAUGCAUGAUGUCAAGAAUCGUCGCACCUUCUUAAAGCGGACCAAGUAUGAGGACCUGCGCGUGGAAGAUUUAUUUAUAGGCAACAAAGUCAAUGUGUUUUCUCGACAGCUGGUGCUGAUUGACUAUGGGGACCAGUACACAGCCCGCCAGCUGGGCAGCAGGAAAGAGAAAACGUUAGCCCUCAUCAAACCGGAUGCAGUAUCGAAGGCUGGAGAAAUCAUUGAGAUGAUAAACAAAAGUGGGUUCACUAUAACCAAACUCCGAAUGAUGACGCUGUCAAGGAAAGAAGCAGCAGACUUUCAUGUAGACCACCACUCAAGGCCUUUUUAUAACGAACUGAUCCAGUUUAUCACAAGUGGGCCUGUUAUUGCCAUGGAGAUCUUGAGAGAUGAUGCCAUAUGUGAGUGGAAAAGGUUGCUUGGACCCGCAAACUCUGGGAUAGCGCGUUCAGAAGCCCCCGGAAGCGUCCGAGCCCUCUUUGGGACAGACGGCAUAAGAAAUGCGGCUCACGGCUCUGAUACUUUUGAGACCGCUGCCAGAGAAAUGGAAUUAUUUUUCCCUUCAAGUGGAGGCUGCGGCCCAGCAAACACUGCUAAAUUUACCAAUUGUACCUGUUGCAUUAUCAAGCCCCAUGCUAUCAGUGAAGGUUUUUCUCUUCGAAGGCACAUGACUCAAGGCUAUAUUUAAGGGAAGUCUGUCUAAAUGUCUGUCUUUAUUUUGGUAUCUGCAUUUGUAGUAGCUGUUCAUAGCCGAGCUCACCAUGCUAUGAACAGAUGCUCUUCCCUGCUUCGGAUCUUCUGUCUUUCCAACCACAUGACUGAGGCUCACUCACCUCGCUCAGUGUGCAUUAAAGCACUGUGUAUACGGCUGGAGAGAUGGCUCAGAGUUAAGAGUGAUUAUUGGUUUUGCCGAGGACCUGGGUUUGGUUCCCAGACCCACAGCUCCGGUCCCAAGGGAUCUGAUGCCCACUUCUGACCUUGAGGGAACCAGGCACACAUGUUCAUUACGUCCAGAGCGUAUCUUUACUGAGAGAGUUGGAGAUUCUCCCUCUAGUCCUCUGUAUCUGGAACAGUUCUUUGAUGGAAAUGAAUAUCUAUCUAUCUAUCUAUCUAUCUAUCUAUCUAUCUAUCUAUCUAUCUAUCUAUCUAUCCACACACUCAUAGAUUAUGUGGGUAUGCACACAUAUACACUGGGACUGUACAUGUUCAUUCCUUGCUUUAAACUAUCUCUUCUGCUUGUUUGAGUCUAGCGUGUGCAUCUCCAUCAGAUACUCCAAAUUGUUUUAAAAAUAAUGCAUAUAAUUUAAAAGAUACUUCUUGGAAAAUAGAAUAUGCUGAGUAGUAUUCACAAUAGAGUGGAGUUUUUGUGUGUUCUAAGCAUACGUAUAGUAGAAAAACUUGAAAAUUGCAUAUGCAUAUUUAUUAUAAGACAAUAAAAAUUUAUCUAAACCAGGCACGAUGCUAUACACUUGGAAUCUUAGCACUCAGAAGUCUGAGAGCAGACAACUGCACUUUUAAGUCAUUCUGAACUACAUAGUGAGUUUGAGGCCAGACUGGAAAAUACAGAUGUAGAUAUAG